GCUCUCCCAGGCCACCCGGCUCAGCUCUGCCGGCUCAGGGGCGGCCCCUUCCGGAGGGCGGCCUCCAGGAGACUGCGCGGUCCUAGGAAGCCUCGGGAUGCCUUUACUCAGACCUGCUCUAGCUGGAGAACUCUCCACAGCACAGUUCUCUGAGAAAUACCUGUCCCGGAAAGGGAAGGAAAAACCGAAGGUGUAUCAAGGUGUCCGAGUGAAGAUGACAGUGAAAGAACUACUGCAACAAAGAAGGGCACACCAGGCCACCUCAGGGGCAACCCUGCCAGGAAGCAGUAAUAUCCACCUUCCAGACCCCAGCACGCCAUCGUCUGCAGGACUGUAUUUUGAACCCGAACCAAUGUCUUCCACACCCAGUUAUUUCCAACCCCGAGAAUUUUCCACCUGUGUCUCUUGUGAAGAAAGUCCAAGCUGCCUUGACCAGAUCUUUGAGUCCUACCUUCAAACAGAGACACUCCCAGGGCCUUUGCUCAACUCCACGCAAAGUGCUCCCCACUAUUUCCCAGACAGCUGUCAAAUGGCCCCUUUCUGCUAUAGCCAGAGCCUGACUCCAGGAUCGCCUUCAGAUUCCUCCAGCCUCUCUGGCUCCUUUGACUGCAGCUAUUCACCAGCUCAGCCACCUUCCUACACUCUGGAGAAUUACACUUCUCCUCCUCCUCUGGAUUCCCUAAACCACAGCCUCCCAGAAGAAGGCUACGCAUGCCACCACCAUUGGCCUUCCCACACCCAGUACAACCACUUCUCCCCGGCCACCCCCUCCGUCUGCUACUGUGCAUCCUGCGAAGCAGAGCAUUUGGAUGCCGUCAGAACCUCAGAGUUCUUCUCCUACUCCAACACAGACUAUGUGGACUUUGCCCCCUCGGCAGCCACCACCAGCGAUUUCUAUAAGAGGGAAACAAGCUGUGAUGCCUGCUACAGUUAGUAAAAGCCACACAGGAACGUGUUGUGGGUAUAUAUGUUUCUCUACUGCAUCUAGAUGACACUUAAACCUUCAACCCAUUCACAAAAUAUCCCACAUAUGGUUUACAUCUCACUGUUUUCAACCUCCUGAUACUAGUGUAGGAAUUGUUAUAAAGCCCUUAAGCCUGGUUUCCUACCAUUCUUGUUUUAUACACUCACUGCUAAAAUUUUUUAUAUGGAAUUUCCCAUGUGCCUUGCUUCUCAGUGUAACGAACAAACUCUUUUGUAAACUAAUAAAUAACUUUGUAUAACA